GUCACUACAUUUCCCGCAGAGCCGAGAAGGCACCACCACCUCAACACGAACACAUCAUUGUAAACAAGAAAGUUUCAUCACCCUUGAGUCCCACUUCACACACAUGCAAUGCUCACAACAUUCCUUUCCUUGUUCUUCUUUCUGGGUCCAAUUAAUCUUUCUUUAGAACUGAAAUUGAAUGAAUUUAAAACUUUGAUCAAGAAUAACCACUAGGCAAUGCUCUCGUAAUCGUUUAAUCACUAUAUUUAAAGAACCCAAUUCAUUUGAAAGAAAUUUCCAUUUGUUUUACUUCUCCUUUUGAUGUGUGGUCAGUCUUGUGAUGGUUAAUCUCUCUGAAAGACUGAAUGAGUUGAAACUUUGUAUGGUGAUGGGUUUCUGGUGAGGUUGUGGCUGCUUCUUUCUGCUUCGGAGUUUGAUUUGAUGGGGAACUGUUGUUUUAUGUUGCAACCGUCGGUUUACAACGUAUCUUCUAAUGCAAAGACAGAUUCCCCAAAAAACCAGAGCCCAUCCGCCAAAGUAAGAAAGGAAUUUAGUAAGUUACCAUCAAAUCCUGAAGAAGUAGAGGACCUUCGUCGGGAUUCGGCCACAAAUCCUCUGAUUGCUUUUUCUUACAAUGAGCUAAAGAUAAUUACAGAAAAUUUCAGGCAGGAUUACGUAUUGGGUGGAGGAGGAUUUGGAAGUGUUUAUAAAGGGUUCAUUACUGAGGAUAUAAGAGAGGGGCUUCAACCCCUUCAAGUAGCUGUAAAGGUUCAUGAUGGGGAUAACAGUCACCAGGGCCACAGGGAAUGGCUGGCAGAGGUUAUAUUUCUUGGACAACUUUCUCAUCCAAAUCUAGUGAAACUUGUUGGAUACUGCUGCGAAGAUGACUAUAGGGUAUUGAUUUAUGAGUAUAUGGCUCGGGGUAGUGUGGAAAACAAUCUCUUUUCAAGAGUAUUGCUUCCUCUACCUUGGGCUAUCAGAAUGAAGAUUGCAUUUGGUGCUGCAAAAGGACUUGCAUUUCUCCAUGAAGCUGAGAAACCAGUUAUUUAUCGUGAUUUCAAGACGUCAAAUAUUUUGCUAGACAUGGACUACAAUGCCAAGCUUUCGGACUUUGGCCUUGCAAAAGAUGGACCCGUGGGUGACAAGACUCAUGUGUCUACACGCAUUAUGGGGACACAUGGAUAUGCAGCUCCAGAGUAUAUAAUGACAGGACACUUGACUCCUAGAAGUGAUGUCUACAGUUUUGGCAUUGUUCUUCUAGAGCUUCUUUCUGGGAGAAAAUCCUUAGACAAGUUCAGACCGGCUCGAGAGAAAAAUCUGGCUGAUUGGGCCCUCCCAAUGCUCAGUCAAAAGAAGAAAGUUCUCAACAUUGUAGACCCAAGAUUAGAAGGAGAUUAUCCAGUCAAAGCCAUCCACAAGGUAGCCAUGCUUUCUUAUCACUGUCUGAACCGAAAUCCAAAGGCAAGGCCCUUGAUGAGAGAUAUAGUGGAGACUCUGGAGCCUCUCCAGGUUGCUGUUGAUGUACUAAGUGCUCCUCCUCCUCCAACUUUUAUCAAUGGAUCCCCAGUUGUACAGCCUAAAUGAAAAGAAGAUUACUUUCUGCAAAUGACAUGGUUUAUAGUUAUCCUAAGCUUCUUCUUCUUCUUCUUCAAUUUUAACUGAGUAUUUUU